AUGGACCUGAAGGUGGACGAGGAGGAGGUGGAAAACGGGCAGCCGGUCAGCAUCGAGGCAUUUGCCAGCAGUUCCACGCUGCACGGCCUGUCCCACAUCUUCUCCUACGAGCGCCUGUCAGUCAAGCGCAUCUUCUGGACCCUGUGUUUCCUGGGCUCCUUCGCCGUGCUGGUCUUUGUCUGCAAUGAGAGGAUCCAGUACUACUUUCUCUACCCUCACGUCACCAAGCUGGACGAGGUGGCUACCACCCACAUGACCUUCCCAGCCAUCACCUUCUGCAACCUCAACGAGUUUCGCUUCAGCCAGGUGACCAAGAAUGAUCUGUACCAUGCUGGGGAGCUCCUCGCCCUGCUCAAUAACAGGUAUGAGAUUCCAGACACCCAAAUGGCUGAUGAGAAACAGCUGCAGAUCCUGCAGGAGAAGGCAAAUUUCCGCAACUUCAAGCCCAAACCUUUUAACAUGCGGGAGUUCUCGGACCGAGCUGGCCAUGAUAUCCAGGAAAUGCUGCUCUCCUGCUUGUUCCGUGGGGAACCAUGUGGCCCCGCUGACUUCAAAGUGGUUUUCACUCGCUACGGAAAGUGCUACACCUUCAAUUCUGGCCAGUCUGACAAGCCACCCCUCAUUGCCAUGAAAGGGGGCACCGGCAACGGCUUGGAGAUCAUGCUGGACAUUCAACAGGAUGAAUACCUUCCAGUCUGGGGAGAGACAGAUGAGACGUCCUUCGAAGCUGGGAUUAAAGUGCAGAUCCACAGCCAGGAUGAACCACCCUUCAUUGACCAGCUGGGAUUUGGAGUGGCACCCGGCUUCCAAACGUUUGUGUCCUGCCAAGAGCAGCGGCUUAUCUACCUUCCUCCACCUUGGGGUGACUGCAAGUCAGUGACAGUGGAGUCUGAAUUCUACGACACCUACAGCAUCACUGCUUGCCGCAUAGAUUGUGAAACCCGCUACUUGGUGGAGAACUGCAACUGUCGUAUGGUGCAUAUGCCUGGUGAUGCUCCGUACUGCACCCCUGAACAGUACAAAGAAUGUGCAGAUCCAGCCCUUGACUUCUUGGUGGAGCGAGACAAUGAUUAUUGUUUAUGUGAGAUGCCUUGCAACGUCACACGCUAUGGUAAAGAGCUGUCCAUGGUGAAGAUCCCCAGCAAGGCCUCAGCCAAGUAUUUGGCCAAGAAAUACAACAAGAGUGAACAGUACAUUGGGGAGAACAUCCUGGUUCUGGACAUUUUCUUUGAAGCUUUGAACUAUGAAACAAUUGAGCAGAAGAAAGCAUAUGAAGUAGCUGGACUGCUGGGUGAGAUCACUUUUUUUCUUUCUGCCAGUUGGGGCAGAUCCUGUAAAUGCCAGGCUUCCAGGGCAGGGGGGACCUUUUGGGGCUCACUUCAAUGUAAUGCAAAAUGUCCAUGCUUCCCCUUUCCCCUCAGUGUGGGUGACAUUGGGGGACAGAUGGGGCUGUUUAUUGGAGCCAGUUUACUGACUGUGCUUGAGCUUUUUGACUAUGCCUAUGAGGUUAUUAAGUUCCACCUCUGUCGCCGUGACAAGUGUGAGAAGAAACACAAAGGGAAUAACAGUGACAAGGGUGUUGCCCUGAGCCUGGAUGAUGUGAAGCGCCAUAAUCCAUGUGAGAGUAUCCGAGGCCAUCCAGCAGGCAUGACAUACGCAGCCAACAUCCUACCUCACCACCCAGCCCGAGGAACUUUUGAGGAUUUUACCUGUUAACUGACAACUGGAUGUACAACUAACACUACCAAAGGGAAGGGGCCAUGCUGAGCAGCUUUGGCCCAGCCCAGCCCGUGGACCUGCCAACCUUUUUGCAGGGCCUCUAUCUCAGACUACUGGGGAGGCAGCAGAAUCCAGCCUCUCCUCAUCCAUCCGCCCCAGGCCAAUGCAGCGAUACGCACAUGGAGCCAGCUGGACAGAGGUGAGGCUCAGCUGCCAGAUCCACUCCAGUUUCUGCUCGUUCCAAUGACGCCCUUGAACUUUAAACGUAACAGAAGUGCUGCUGGAAGAACCCUCCCCUCCCCCGCCCCGCAGUAACCAAUGGAGGUGAGGGCACAGCCUUCUCCGGUCCACAAACACUGAAGUCUUAACUGUGUGUCUCUCCUUCUGUAUCUGUCAUGCUCCCUAACCACAGCAAGCCUUGUGUGGCAGUGGUCAUUGUGUGCAAAGCCCUCUCUCUCCCUCUCUCUCUCUCUUUUAAUCCGAAUGCCAAGAAGAACCUACAGGAACAGGUAGAGCCAGACUGCUUCUGGGGUAUUCUGUUUCUAAGAGGCUACUUAUCUAUCAAAAGGAAGUGCUGCUUCAGUUCUCUUCCCCUCUCCCUUCCGACCGUGCGCUGUGGGAAGGCCGACAGUCAUAGCCUUCCCUGGAGCAAGACUGCAACUGAACUGAGAGAGCCACUUCCACAGGAUGUGCCAUCAUCUGCUCAUCUCAUCCAACUGGCAGCUUCUCAUUUGACCUGGCCUGGACUCUGUUUCUUCUUUGAGCCCUGGCCUAUUCUAUCCAUCCUCCCAUCAGAAAGGCAGGUAGCAAAGCUGUUCCAAAGGUUACAACAUUCACAUGAUGAACUGCCUGGGCCCCUUCUGUGCAGGUUAUUAGGAAAGAUGUGA